GCCAUCCCCAUCAGAAUAACAAACACUCAGAGCAGCUUUACGACCUCACAUUCCAGAAACAUGACCUAAAUCCUUCAUAUAUUGGACAUUCACUCUCGAUUACCUUCAGACACUGUCCAACCAACCGAAGGGUCCCAUCUCUUCCCCAACACGCCCGCGUGCUGGAUCUCAAUGCUGUGAUUCGUCGGUUCAACACAUCUCAAUCCCAGCCAGGCGUAUGACUUUUCGUCCACUGUUGAGGAUUUUCUCGCUUCGAACGUUCGCAUGAUCCUAAAUUCCACCGAGAGCUUAGCUGAAUCCGAAUAUGGAAAAUUUCAACAAGGAAAUGACCUGCAUCUAAGUAGCAGCGGUCUGCUCAUUAUCACCCACGGCAAACGCUGCGACUGUAACUCUGAUUCUCUGCCACACCGCUGCUCAAGCAUCGAUGCUCAGCCUGUCAGGACCAACCACCUUGUACUGAUUCUUUAGUCUGUGGUGUCGGCCUCAGCCCCCUUCAGAGCGAACGACUCUGGGAAGUGCGUAGGAUCUGGUGCAUCCGAUCGAUAACCGGACUGCCGAAAUUCGACAAACCUUCUGACGUACCACCAACACCAUGAAAUUCGGAAAGCAGAUACAGCGCCAACAACUAGAUCUCCCAGAAUAUGCGGCCAGCUUCCUCAAUUACAAAGCUCUCAAGAAGCUCAUCAAGCAGCUCAGUGCAACACCGACUAUAGAGGCACAAGGCGGAUCCGCCACUGAAGACAUUCAAGCAGCCCUACGAGCAAAUAAAGAGGUUUUCUUCUUUCGAUUGGAGCGUGAAAUAGAAAAAGUAAAUGUGUUUUACUUGCAGAAAGAAGCAGAGUUUUCACUUCGCCUGAAAACAUUACUCGCCAAAAAGCGUGUCAUUCAGGCUCGAAUCGCAGCAAAUUCGAGACUGUCCGCCAGCUUUGCAACGCUAGUCGAAGGUUUCCAACAAUUUGACAAUGACCUUAACAAGCUCCAGCAAUUUGUAGAGGUGAAUGAAACGGCAAUUUCGAAAAUUCUCAAAAAGUGGGACAAGACAUCUAAGUCGCGGACGAAAGAAAUCUACCUUCAAAGGGCCGUCGAGAUCCAACCAUGCUUCAAUCGAGAUGUACUUCGAGAUCUUGCGGACAAAGCAACCACGGCAAGACUUGAUCUCGAGGCCUGGGCCGAAGGCGAGAACAUCCAAUAUGAAGUAUCGAAGCCUCAAGACCGCAUGAUAGGCCAGCGUGUGGGUACAGAGGAAAGCGACGUCGAUUUGCAAAUAUUGCAGGCCUCUGCUGCUGGCAACGUUGCUGCUCUUCGUGAGUGGAUCUCUCGACUAAGCGCUGCACCCGAUGCAAGUGAGCGGUUCACGAGAAUAUUUCUGGCGACAAUCAGUGAGGCCCCUGAUGAAUCUUUGCACACAUUCCUCGACUCUGGCCUGGUCGACAUUCAUGCCGAGGAUGACAUCAACGAAAGGAAUUGCUUACACGAGGCUGCGAUCUAUGGCAAGGACAGCGUACUGGAUUAUGGUCUCGCGCACGGUGUUGAUCUUACAAGAGUUGACGUCUACGGCCGAGUUCCACUGCAUUAUGCUUGUCUCAGAGGCCGUUUGGCAAUGGUCGAAAGGUUACUCGCAGCCGGUCCAAGCACCAUCGAUCUGAAAGAUCAUGACAACUUCACCCCGCUGAUUCACAGCAUCGUUCGUCAUCGUGUUGAAUGCGUUCGUUUGUUGCUGGCAAGCAAUGUCAGGAUCGACCCGCAGUCCGAGGCCGAUCAUAUACCAUUGAACCUGGCAUGCCAGCAUGAGUCAAUAGAGGUCGCCACCAUGCUGCUCGAAAGGAAUGCCAGGCUUUUACCAGACGCAGAAGGGCUGUUUCCCCAACAUCUUGUCGCCCGUUCGAGCCACAAAGCUGAUCUGCUGUUGCUUCUCAGACAGCACGGAGCGGAUCUCAAUCAACGAGACAAGUUGUACCAAUGGACGCCACUCUUUCAUGCAGCUAGUGAAGGCCGGGUGGAGUGUUUGCGUGCUUUGUUGGAAAGCGGAGCGGAUCCAGAAGCUUUGGACGAGAAGGGCCUCACAGCAAUGUACUAUGCCACAUGGGAAGGUCAUCUUCAGUGCAUGGAUCUGCUAUGGGAACGGACGAGUUACCGUCGAGCUGAAAGGAAAAUUUCACGCCUGGGAGCUGUCGUCCCUCCUCACAACCAGAUGAACGCUAUGGAAAUCACACCUGAAGAACCGUCCGCGACCGAGGGUGACGGAAUACCCGACCUUUCACUGCCUCCACCGAUAAUACCGCUGCGACGAUAUGGACACAAUUUCCUUGACACCAAAACCUUUAUCGCCAUCAGCUUUGAUAGUCGCGCUCGGGCGAUACAAUUUUUCAACGAGGCAAGGUAUCCAGCUGCUCGAUUGACCAUUUCAUCGAAGACUUCGGAUCUUAUACCUCGUAAUUUGAUGUUGCCCAUCCAAGAGGAUUCUAGGUCAAUUUAUUUCCAGGUCGACAAUCUAAGCACGUUUGCGGUGGAUUUUGAGAUCUUCCCGACAUUCGGCUCGAAGGUGAUCGCAAAAUCUGUUGCCCUUCCAGAUGUUUUCCGCGCGAAUGAAAGCAGCAGCGGCACCUGCUGUCUUCCAUUAUUUGACCCCAGGCUACGAGCAGUCGGUCAGAUACAAUUCCAUUUUCAGGUCAUCAAGCCUUAUAGAGGAACGCCCUUGGAGAUCACACAGUUUGCAACAUAUUGGAAGGCUACCAGCGCCCUUGACGAUCAUUCUGGCUUGGUGACUGGCUCCAGCCUGUCAGGCGAUUACCUGAGGCUCACUGUGCAGCUUACGCGAGACGGAAUUCCGGUCGUCUACCCUUCUUAUUUCGUUCCUUACGACAAGCUCCAGGUUCCAUUGUUUCAAUUCGAGUUCGACAUUCUGGCUGGAUUAGGUUUGGCUGGCUCCCUUGCUCACAUCGAUGACGAGUCAGAUUUCGACAGAACAGAUAUUCUCGCGUGGCAACGUCGCCUGUCAGGGCCUAUCUUCCUUCUGCGCGACGUCUUGAGCUCUAUACCACCGCAUAUCAACCUCAACCUACAUAUCCUGUAUCCGUCUUCCUCGGAAGAUUUAAAUCAUGGAGUAUGCUCUACCAUCGAUAUCAACACGUUCAUCGAUGCAUUGUUGACUGAAGUCUUCAAUCAUGCACGAGCAUUACGAAAUGCUUCUCCGGACUUGUCGCAUUCGAUCGUCUUCUCCUCUUUCAAUCCGAAUGUUUGUACGGCUUUGAAUUGGAAACAACCAAAUUUUCCAGUCCUGCUGUGUAACUCUCUUGGCUCCCUAAGGGGCCACGGCACCUCGAUCAAAGAAUCUGCACGACUUGCACAAAUGAACAAUUUCAUGGGGUUGACAUGCUCGGCACAACUUCUACGCAUGGUUCCGGCACUGAUCGAAACCAUCAAGCAUGCAGGCUUGGUCCUCGUUUCGAAUGCCACAGAAGAGGAGUCUACACAAACCACAGGGGCCGCCCAGAGUGGCCUUUUCGUAAUGCCCGAGGGCGUCGAUGGCAUGCUGAAACCCAACGGCGUCUUGAGAUUUAAUGAGAGCAUUGACAUGUAGUUGGGUUAUGGCACUUCCAGUACUUUGUGCAAAUCAGACGCCGAUAUGCGACGAGUAAAUAGACUUAACAGUCCAUCCCAGGUUUGAUGAAACGGUGGCUUCUAUCCUAUUCGAUAUUGCAAAUAGCUAAAGGGGGAAUAGGAAUUCAUCGAAGAUCAUAGGGGUCCGAAGAUUCUAUAUCUUUCUCGAUCCAUCGCAGAGAUGAAGACAGCCAGGCCGUCUGUGUUCCCUGUUGUUACUUCCCUUUUCUUGGCACCUGGGGUAUUUGACCUGUUUUGAUACAAGGCUCGCCGAUCUCAACCUGCUCUCACAUUCGUUACGCUUCCAGUCUCGUGUCUGGCUUCGACCAGUUUGAUUGAUAGGGUACCCCCUUGACGAGUGUAAACACCACCUUUGACCAACCCGUCCGCGUCCUGUCUCGCGAUUCCUGCCUGAGGUCCAGCUUCAGCUUUCAAUUUUUCCAGGAUCUCGAUGGCCGCGACAUUGGCUGCUUCGCCGGUCGUGAACGUGCCUCGCACUUCCAUGUCGCUCGCCUCUAUGAACCCCUCUGGGCGGCGUUCGGUGCGUGAAUACAUGUCGGGAUGAGGGGUGGCCACAAAGACACACCAUACCUCACCGGGAAGGCGUCUGGCGACUUCUGGGUUCUCCUCACGGAUCAGCUCGAAGUGCAUCACGUUUCCGUCCUCCAAGGGAGCGUUGAGGCGUUGGAGGGAGUUUGCGGUCCCGGCCAUGAGCAUCUCCGUGAGGGUGUUGUGGCCGUCAGGACUGUGGUUCGCCGCCAUGUGGUGGAACAUUUGACCAAAGACCCUGUCGAAUGGGUAAUAGGGGCCCGAGAGAGACACGUCUUUGAGGUGAGGACGGCUGGUCUUGAGGUAGCAGAUUGUGUCUGGGCCCGGCCCGCCCCAGGGAUGCCAGUUGAGGCGCAUCGUCGUGCGUUGACGGUUGGGGACCGGUUUGCCCUGAGCCAGGAGACAACAUUCGUCCCUGUGCCGUGGCCAGUCGUUCCGCUGGCAUUCCCGCGAGCAGUAUCUUCGUGAGUGGCAACUCCCACAGCGCUUGAGGGGUGGGUCGUCGAGGUCAGGGUGCUGUUGACAGCGGAAGCAGUAUGGGGUUUUGAUGCCGGUGGUGGUGGUGGUAUUCGCGUUGGACAUCGUUGUUGGUCGUCGGAGGAGCAGAGUAUACUUCUGUAUUAUGUCUUUUGUUUCUCGGGAAGAGGAAAGAUGAGUUUCUCAGAAUAAAGAACAGAUCCUAAAAAGGGGAGACGAAGCAAGGAGGCCUCAGGUUCCAGACGGUGAGCAUCCUGAGAAGUCAGGCGGAGUGCUCUUUCGUAGUAGUAGUCGUCGUAGUCGUCCCCCUUGUUAAGGGAUGAUGAUUAGGUAAAUGCUGACAAAGCGAAUUCCUGACUUC